AUGUCCGACUUCCAAGCACUGAAACUCGAAAACCUAAUUGCUUAUCAUAAAGUACCAACCGAACAAUUCGUCCCGUCCGGAUUCAUGACUACAACGAAUUCAAUGAGCGAGAUUAGACAACGUGGACCGAGUUCAUGCUCCAAUAUCAUGUCUUCGACGAAGAGUCAGGUCAAAACGUGCAGAUUAGCCACAUACUCGGAGUUCCCGGAGAAAGAAGCAAACUCGUAUAACUAUAAAGUAACCACCGACCAUGACGCUGGGACAUCAUUAAAAAUCAUGCCAGCUACUGCUGCCACGUAUGGCUCCGCGGAGCACCAUUCCCAAUUCGAGCAGUUAUUGAAUGUAGCCAAGGUUUGGCAACUCGCUCUGAGCUGGAGCACUGACCGCGUGCAUGCCUGCAUGCCAUUCCCCGUGGGUCAGUUACGGGUUCAGGAUCCUCUCCAAAUGCGGACGAAGCACAACAAGCUAGCUCAGUCACUUCGUUCGCAACGGGACCAAGGGAUAGGCGGCAUCUCGUUAGACAUUCAUGUUGGCGAGGUUCCUUCUACCUUUGACUCCAGGGCGCGGAUUGGACUGACUGACGGAAAGGGAAGCUAG